AUGAACGCCUUGCGAAACGGAGGGAGUGCAGCCGUUCCUGUGCGCACGCGCCAGGAGGGCCUCGCGCCGCAGCGCGAACUGUUUCUGCGACAGCAACUCCCGCGUGCUCUCGCUGUGCCUGUUCGGCGUUUUUCGAGUUUCCUUGAGACCUCAGCGAGGGCGUAUCUGCUUCAGCCCAGGUGUACUUCCACCUCAGAUCCGCAGCGGACCGAGGCAGACGAGGCGGAACCCGAAAACAGAACGGCGUCUUCUUCGCACACCGGCGCUCGUGGAAAAGAGGAAUCUCACGGGGCAACGGACGCGCCUCCUUGCCUACAGGCUCCAGCGGAUCUGCCGCCCGCCGAGCGGCCUCUGCUGUCAUUUGAACUGUACGACACAGCCUGCCACAACUUCAGUUGCCGCGCCUCCGAAUGCCUAGGAGACAGUGGCAACAAACUGCCGCCGAGGUACUUUCAGUGGGUGAUCGACGGCGCGGCGUAUCUGAUGCUCGGUGGCCUGCUCGCAGUUGUCCUCGCGGCGCCGGCAACGGUUGUGGAGCGUCGCAUCGACAUGCACAUCAAAACCCUUGCGCUGACGUCAGCGAUGUACGGCGGUAUUGCUUUCUGGGGCUUUGAAAGCAGCCGUUUCGGCCGUCUCCACGUCCCGCCCGCCGGCGCGACGAGAUACCUCCUGGGGUUGUGCUCCGUGGGACUCUGUACCCUGCCGCCGAUUCUCUGCGAGGUCGUCUCGCCUGCUGUCGGCUAUGCAUCGUUGACGGUCCCGAUUCUCUUCCACAUUCUCUGGGCCAGUUACUUGAAGCGUCCACCGUCUCUAUUUCGUCAUGGGAGCACUGCGUCGAACCUGAAGAGCCAGGGCCCCACGCCCCUUUCUCCUCUCCCUAACGGUCGUCCAGCUUCUUCCUGCUCUUCGCCCGCGGCUUCCACUUCGUCGUCGCAAACGUGUACCUCUUCCGCUGCCUCUUCUCAAACCCGUCCCUCAUCUUCGAGUGCUCCGACUGUCUCCAGUCGCUGCCGCUCUCGCCCCCCCUUGGCGGUCUCGGAGGCCUCGACGCUGCGACCGAGCGAGGCGUCGCCUCCAGGACCACUCCGAGGCGGCGGAUUUCUGCCGCAGUGGUGGGGCGCGACCGUGAGUCACAAAGGCCUUCUUCUCUUUUCUCUCUGCUCCACGGCGCUGGGAAUCUACUCGGUGCGGAAAGUCGAAGCUACAGCGGGCGACGCGAUUCUUGACGCCAGAGACUCGCAGCCUCCUUCCCGCCUGUCGGCCGUCUGGGCCUUUUGGCGAGGCGAAGAGGGAGGAAGGGAGGACGAGGACAGGAGAGACCGAGGAGACGAGCACGUGAUGCGGCGUGCGCGCGAGCGACUGAGCGAACUGGCCGGGGAAAAACCCGCGGAGACACGCGCCCCAGAAAAGUAA